UUUAUUUUUUAUGUGUAAAACUUCCUACCAAAAUUGAAUUUGCUUUAAGAAGGCUAGUAAUCCAAGCAUUUAGGCUAAUGAACAACUGCUGUAAUGAAACACUAUUAAAAGAGGUAGGAGACAAGUCCGAUUUAUUUCAGCAUCAGCCUAAAAGUAUUGCAGAUGAAUAAUAUCUUCUGGAGAGGGCGUUCCUUUCUCUAAAACAGGGAUGAUUCACGGGCUCGAGCCAGUGUGUGUGUGAUGCGACUCCACACAGAAAACUAUCUGACAAUCAUCAAUCUCAAAAGCUGUUCUGUGGCACACCACUGAAAUGAGCACAAAAAUGCCACAAGACUGCAUGAGUGUGACAGGCGGAUACAGGUGAAGAGUUGACUGCGAAAGAAGACCUAUUGCAUAAUCAUACGGAGCACAAAGAGAGGCAGCGAGGGCGCUUCGUUUUGAACUAUGGCGGCAACACACCACAUUCUUCUGACAUAAAUUGUGAUUAUGGGACAACGUGCCAUCUUCGAGAACAGCGACGAAUUACUGGCUAUAAAAACCACCCUUUUUCAAAACUUUGAAGUUGAAACAAUCGCUAUCAGAGGCUGCCUGUUUUUUUAGGCUACUACCUGUGCUAUCAAUUAACACUAACCUGACUCGCUUCUUUCAUUUGGUUACUCAACUGCAGUCUCCGAAGCCGUUCAAAUGCUGGAAUGGAUUGCUGCUGCUUGUUUUAUGGUUUUGAUGGCCAUUCUCUGGCCAGUGGUCAAGUGUCUUGGAGCGGAGAGUCACUCCACGCUGCUGCUGCCGCGACGCGAGAGCCGAAGAUCCGCGGAGAGAUGCGACUCGAAACCAGAGGGGCAAGGUGAACCAGACGCGCUCGCCUUGAUCUGCAAACCCUCGGCGCUGGCAAACUACCUUCUCAAACAUUGCAUGAGUUUUUGCAAGUCUUUAUCGAUACCAAAAUGGAACUGGCGAAUGAUGUCGUCUUUGCAGACUGUUUUCGGCGCUUUGUGGCCGUUUGACUGUCCGGUGCAUUUCAUUCGAGAUCAUUUGCAGUUGAGUGAUGAUGGACUCGUGGCGUUGGACUGGGCUGUUGUUGGUGCAGCACAUUACAAGAGGCGCAGGACCUCCAGUAAUUCCACAAGUCCAGUUCUGCUCAUCAUUCCCAACUCUUUUGGGAAAAUCACCAGGAAUGUGCUCAAGCUCUGUGAGGCAGCUCUGAGUCACGGCUAUCUUCCUGUGAUCUUCAACCGCCGGAGUCAAAAUGGGACGCCGCUCUGUACUGUGAAGCUGCAGCAGUUCGGUGACCCGACUGACCUGCGGGAAGCGGUACGCUACAUUCGGUACCGACAGCCAGCGGGCCAGAUCUACGCUGUGAGUGAGAGCACCGGUUCAGGACUCCUGCUGUCCUACUUGGGCGAGUGCGGUUCCUCCAGCUACGUGACGGCUGCGGCUUGCCUCUCUCCAGUUUUCCGCUGCCAGAGCUGGUUUGAGAGUGGCCCGGCCUGGCCGUUCCACUGGGCUCUUGUGCUUUACCAAAAAAUCUGCCUCAGCAGGUAUAAAACUGUGCUCGGAGAGCUUGUCCACACAGACAGCUUAUUCUCCAGCUGCUCUUUGAAGGCAAUGGAGGAGGCCCUGUUCUGUCAUUCUGGCUUAAAGGGGACGACGGAUGGGGCAGGUAGCUGGGAGGCGUACUGGGAACGUAACGAUCCACUGAGGGACAUAGAUGAAGUGGCCAUUCCUGUUCUGUGUGUGUGCAGCCAGGAUGACCCCAUCCGAGGGGAGCCUCAGGCCACGCUACCGUUAGAGCUUUUUGAGAGCAACCCACAUUUCUUCCUACUUUUGACUGCCCACGGUGGCCACUGCGGGUUCUCCACAUCAGACGAGGGCCCGAUCGUCUGGAGCCACCAGGCUGUACUGGAGUUCUUUCGGGCCACCACUGAUUUCUUUGCUGCGGAGGAGCGCGCCAAGCUGGCGGCCCGGCGGAGGGGUCUGAGUGGGCCUGGCAAGACUUUCCGCCAUCGUAGUGUCAGCACAUGCAAAAGACUGCCCGUCUGCUCACAUAACAUUCACGCCAUUUACAACUGGCAGAGGUCCUACACCAGAUGAUGAUGUGCUCAGAGGGUCCUCACUUUGUUUGGGAUUAUGGAGAGACUGAAAUGGCCAAGAACACUGCCAGAAAAGGAUCAGUUAGAACCCUUUGUCUGACCUGCUGUUUCAGCCAAGAAAACCAGCAGCUGAGUCAAAAUAUCUCUGUUUGCAUUCAGGACUAUUCAGAAAUUGGACUACCUCUGUCAACAGAUAGACUGCGCCUGUCUUUGAGGAUGUAAAAAAUUUUUUUGUGAAAACAUUAGAAAGGUUACUGAAUCAUAGUUUAAAAUUUUCACAUUCAAUGGCAAAUUAACGUUUUAAUCAGUAUUUUUGAUAGUAUCUCUGGUAAUAAAAUCCUUAAAACAAUGUAUUUUUUUGUGUUAGAUAACAAGACUUGAUUAAAUAUCUCAAAAUAAAUGUAUUACCACACUGGUCAUUUUUGGCUUCCUAAAUUUAGUAAAUGGUGUACUUCAAACAAGAAGAAAAUAGUUUGCUAGUUCAGUAAGUAAACAAAAAUAUUUAUUGGAUUUCUUUAAAUAAAUUUCUUAGUCCACUGACGAUUUUUGGGCUCACUAAAUUUUGUACGAUUUUCUGAAAACAAGUUUUGCUUCUCAGAUUUAUCGUUUUAAAUAUGUUAAGAUUUUUGAAUAAUACAAAUACUGAUUAAAAAAAAAAUUGCAUCACUGAAUGGGAGUAAAUACUUUAGCCUUAAAUUUUUGUAUGUCUUUUUCAAAGGGAAUGGUCCAAAUGUUUCAGUAUUUCAUUCCAGAAUUUAGUGAAGAUUAAGAAAUAACAGGAGACAGGGGUCAAAGAUGGCUAGUGGCUACAUACUGGCCUUUCCUUUUGGUACUUUGGACGUUAGUACAUUCGCUGCAUCCGAUAAUGCAAAAGUGACAUUCUGUUAUUCCCUCUGUAUAAUACUGUUUUUCUGAGAGAUUGCUAGUUUAUUUAGAUAUUUCUCCACCAUAAAAGGAGCUUGUGGGUUCAGAGUAAAGAGUCCGUUAGCACUGCUAGGGUUUCACAUGAUAUCAUUCUGAGGUUUCAGGGAAAGCUGGUCACUCAUUGACAUGGGUGGAGCUCCAACACUGAUUUAUUUUCCCCUCUGUUUUUCCUUUCUGCCUUUCCUAUAUCCAUCUCAAAUGUUUGUAAUGUGUAUCUGGUGUCUGUGAACAUGGGAGCUUCAAUUAAAGGGUUUCGGCUUAACACAUUCAUGUAUGCGAGUCAGGUUUUGUUAUCAAAUGGGGCAUCAGAAUUAUAGGUUAUGCAACGGACUGCAUGAAACAGAAAUGGGAAUUAAUUGACUCCCACAACUGUUCCUGAGAGCAGACUCACAAAAAUGACUGCAAAACUGAAGCGUUUGUUAGCAUGUGCGUUUAGUCACAAAGCUCCACGCUGUCUGAUCACACCGUGAAUUUGAUGCAUGAUCACACUUUUACUGGACAGCCCCAAAUAUAGCUUCAGCCUGGAGCCUGAGCUCAGAGAAAGGAGGUAUGAUUAGAAGAGACAGUCUCUGCAGUUCAAAAUGGGCUCUUCCUCUGGCUUUUUUUCUUCAUAAUUAACCUACAUACCAAAAGACAUCAAUUUUCCAGUCUGUAUCAUCCUGGAAAAACAUUUUUAAUAUACAGGCUUGUAUUGGCACAUACCUGUAUGUUAUAGAAUGCUUGAGACUGUAAUAUGUGACAUGCAACUUUGUACUAUUCAAAAGUUUGUGGUUGCAAAGAUUUUUGCUCACCCAGACUGCAUUCAUUUGCAUCUCUUCUGCAAAAUACAGUAAAAACUCUAAUAUUGUGAAAUAUUGCUAUUUGAAAAUGUAAUAUUCCUAAUAUAAAAUUCAGUUUUCAGCAUCAUUACUCAAGUUUUCAGUAUUACAUGAUGUUUCAUAAAUCAUUCUGAUAUGCUAAAGACGCAUUUCUUAUUAUCGGUGUUGAAAACGGUUGUGCCGAUUCAUCAUUUUGUAGAAACCAUGUUUCUCGGGAUUGCUUGAUGAAUAAAGUUCAAAAGAACAGC